AUGAAUGGCAUCAAUUUAUCAUUUGGACAAGUAGUCACUGUCAGCUUGACUGCUACACUUGCUUCAAUUGGUGCUGCUUCCGUACCUUCAGCCGGUCUGGUUACGAUGCUGUUGGUGUUGACUGCUGUGGGUUUGCCAGUGAAAGACGUUUCAUUGAUUGUGGCCGUUGACUGGUUAUUAGAUCGAAUUCGUACUUCGAUUAACGUACUUGGGGAUGCUUUUGGUGCUGGCAUCGUAUAUCAUUACGUCAAAGAUGACCUUAUCGCUCACGAUCGCAUUCAUCCAAUGCGCAACAUGUCAAUAGAUUUGCCCGAGGAGAAGCAACCAUUACAUGGCCUGUACACAAGCGUACCUCAGGACGAGAAACGGCAGUAG